AUGGGUGUCCCCGCGCUGUUCCGAUGGCUCUCCAACAAAUACCCCAAGAUCAUCUCCUCGGUGAUCGAGGAACUUCCCCAGGAAGUGAAUGGAGAAGAAAUCCCGGUCGAUGGCACAGGCCCGAACCCCAAUGGCGAGGAGAUGGACAACCUAUAUCUGGAUAUGAACGGCAUUGUCCACCCUUGUACUCACCCAGAGGGGAAGCCACCGCCAGCAAAUGAGCAGGAGAUGAUGCUGGAGAUCUUCAAGUACACCGAUCGCGUGGUUAACAUGGUCCGUCCGAGGAAGCUUCUUAUGAUCGCUAUCGAUGGUGUCGCGCCGAGAGCAAAGAUGAACCAGCAGCGCUCGCGUCGGUUCCGCUCGGCGCAAGAGGCGAGAGAGAACGACGAGAAGAAGGAGGAGCUGCACAAACUGCUCGCAAAGCAGCAAGCCAAGAAAACAGGAGACGCGAUUGUACAGGAAGAGGUCAUCCAAAAAACCUGGGAUAGCAAUGUCAUCACGCCCGGGACCCCCUUCAUGGACAUCCUCGCUGCCUCGCUGCGCUACUGGAUUGCCUACAAGCUCAACACCGAUCCUGCUUGGGAAAAGAUGAAAAUCAUCAUCUCGGACGCUACGGUCCCAGGAGAAGGAGAACAUAAGAUCAUGGAAUUUGUGCGAUCGCAACGAGCAUCGCCCGAGCAUGAUCCUAAUACCCGCCACGUUAUUUACGGCCUGGACGCCGAUUUGAUCAUGUUGGGUCUGGCUACUCAUGAACCUCACUUCCGGGUGCUGCGUGAGGAUGUCUUUUUCCAAGAAUCGAAGCCUCGGGCAUGUAAACUCUGUGGGCAGACUGGUCAUAAAGCCGAGGAGUGCUUAGGUCGUCCUAAGGAGAAGAGCGGAGAAUUCGAUGAGAAGCAGCAUGCAAGCCCUCUCAAGCCAUUUAUCUGGCUCCACGUCUCUGUUCUGAGAGAAUACCUUGCUGCCGAGCUCCAUGUCCCUCAGCAGCCAUUCCCAUUCGACCUCGAACGAGCGCUGGAUGACUGGGUCUUUAUGUGUUUCUUCGUCGGAAACGACUUCCUCCCCCAUUUGCCGUCUCUAGAUAUUCGUGAAAACGGUAUCGACACCCUGAUCGCGAUCUGGCGUGACAACAUCCCAAUCAUGGGAGGAUACCUCACCAAGGAUGGGCACGUCGACUUCAAAAAAGCUCAGCUUAUCUUGCAGGGCCUGGCGAAACAAGAGGACGCUAUUUUCCGUCGUCGGAGGCAGGCAGAUGAAAGAAAGCAGGCAAACGAAAGGAGACGAAAACAGCAAGAAGAGGCCCGGAAUGAAGAGCGUUCCAGAAAGAAAAGACGAAGCUCCCCGACCUACGACUCUCCUUCAAACAACCGACGUGGUGGUGGAGAUGCAGCUCCUCCGGGUGGUCUGGAAUUGAUCACUCCUGGACGCGGUCACUUGGCCAAGGAGACCAGGGAAUUGACCCACAGCAUGGUCACCAAUCGUGGAGCUGUGUAUCGUGCCAACAUGGAGAAUAAGAGUGCCGCUGCUGUGUUGAAGAGCAAGCUCAUGAAAGGCUCGCAAAACGAUGGAGCCGACGAAAGUUCAGCUACCGGCGAGGGCGAGGAACCGACCGAUGGCACAGAGCAGAAUUCGCCUUCGGUUCUCGGAAAGAGAAAAGCCGGUGAAGCCGAGGAGCAGGAAACAGAAACGGGCACUCCAGGACGAGACUCGCCUCCUGUUCCUGAGAAAAAAAAGAUGAUGAACCUCCUGAAGACACAGUUCGCCUCUGGGAGCCAGGACCACGAGUUUCGCCACAAGGUUGCGCGGGCUUAUGCAGAAGGUCUUGCUUGGGUUCUGCUGUAUUACUUCCAGGGUUGUCCUUCAUGGACCUGGUACUAUCCAUACCAUUACGCUCCAUUUGCGGCAGACUUUGUGGAUAUUGGCGACAUGGAGCUCAACUUCGACAAGGGCAAGCCGUUCAAGCCAUACGAACAGUUGAUGGGAGUCUUGCCCGCGUCUUCUAAUCACGCACUGCCCGAAGUCUUCCAUGAUUUGAUGAGCAAUCCUGAGAGUGAAAUCAUCGAUUUCUACCCCGAGGAUUUCCCUGUGGAUCUGAACGGCAAGAAGUUCGCCUGGCAAGGCGUGGUUCUGCUUCCGUUCAUUGACGAGAAGCGCCUCCUGACCGCCAUGGAGAAGAAGUACCCUCUUCUUACUGAAGACGAACGAAGUCGCAACACUCACGGCCGAGAAGUACUCCUGAUCUCGGAUGGUCAUCCGGUGUACCAAGACCUGGCAGCCAACUUUUAUUCGAAGAAGCCAGGUCCUCCGCAGUACAAAUUGAACAUGCGCUCAAGUGAGGGUUUGGCCGGAAUCGUUGAGCGCAACGACACCUAUAUACCCCACAGCUCGUUGACGUCCCCGUUGGAAGCAUACGGCAUGCCUAGUGUCGAUGCCGAUCGCUCUCUCACGGUCAACUACACUAUUCCCAAGUCCUCGCACAUCCACAAGUCAAUGCUUCUCCGUGGCGUUAAGUUCGCGACCCCGAUGCUCAACUCGGCCGACAUCCGGGCUACUAAGGGCCGAGCCCAACAUUCGGGCCGGUCAUUUGGCGGUGCACCGUUACAUGGUGGUGGCCGAGGAGGGCGCGUGGACUAUGGGAAAGACCGUCCCAACCCUUUCGCUGCGCAUCUUGACCCGAACUUUGCGUCUGGACCUGGGGCUGGUCCGCCGAUGGGAGCCCCAGGAUGGAUCCCGCCAGUGCCAGGCGCCGGUGGCUAUUCCAGAGGACCGCCUCCGCCUCCGCGAGGUGGAAUGUCCCACCCGUACCAACCCCACCAAGGCUAUCAGCGCCAUGGUGAUUACUCUUACAACCAAUCGGGUCAAUAUAAUGGAUACCGUGGUGGCUAUGGCUCCCAGGAGUAUGGGGGCCGCGGAGGAGGAGGCUACCGUGGUGGUCGACACCGUGGCGGGAAUCGGGAUCACUACUCUUCCCAUCACCAAGGAGGAUAUGGGCGCUACUAA